AUGAUUAGAAUUCUAAUCGUAAUUAUUCACUUUUAAACAAUUAUUACUCUGUAAUUAUUGGAAAUAGAUAUAAAUUAAGAUGUGACGAUAUUUAACAUGACCUAAAAAAGAUUAAAUUAGACGAUUCAAUUGAAAAUAAUAAAAGAGGAAAAAUUUAGAUAUCUUUUAAUUGAGCUUUUUGUUAAACUUAAAUCGAAAUCAAAUUCAAAAUUAGUUUUAUUAUAGGCUUAUGGAUAGGCUCCAUAAUAUGAUUUAAAGGCCUAAAAAAAAAGAAUACUGUGUGAUAAAUAUGAUGCAAAUGGGUAAAUAUUUUGACUAUUAAGUAAGGCUAUAAUUAUCAAAAAAAUAUCACUAUUUACAAUUACAAUUAGAUUAGAAUAGUAACUUAGAAUCAUAUUUGACAAUCCUUACAAAUAAAACUUUGAGUUAUAAAUUAGUAUUUACAGCAUCAAAUAUAGAGCUAUGUCCUAAUAAUUGUAGCAAUAGAGGAUAAUGCGCAGUAAUUAUUUCAUAUUAUAUUAACAAGUAAGGGAAAUGUUAAUGUGAGUAAGGAUUUAUAGAUGAGGAUUGCUCUUAAUUUGCAAAGUUUUUUUUACCUUAAAAAUAGUUUACCAUUUCGAUAUCUAAAUUAUAAUAUAUUUAUACAAUUUUCAACACUACUUCUGAUUAUAGAUUAAGACUAACAUUUGAUUCAAAAAACUAAGCUGAAUCAAAAAUUAAUAUAUAAAUGCUAAUUUCAUAACAUCAUAAUCUCCCCUGUAAUUUCAAUCAUAAUUAUAAUCAUACUGUUCUAGAUCAAAAAAUGGUUGAAAUUAAGCUAUUAUAUGACAAUUAUUUGUAAAGUAAUGUUAGUAAUAAAUUUCCUUAAAACUUUUUGAUUAUUAAAUUAGAAUCUUAAGAAGAUAUUAAUUAUAAGAUAAAAAUAGAUUUUUAAACUAACUACUUUGAAAAAAAAGAAGAAUCAGUAACUAUUAUAAUAGUUGUUAGUUUUAUAUCAUUUCUGAUUAUAAUUAUUAUAUUGAUAUUUAUUUAUUGCUUUAGGAGAUAAAACAAUAGAUCAUAAAAUAAAUAUUAACAUAAAAAUCCUUAGUAAAGUGAUAUAUAGAGAGAUACUGAAUGUUCAAUUUGCUAAGAAACUAUUUAAAUUACCUAAGAAUCACUUGAGAAUUGUGUUAAAACAGAUUGCGAACAUAUAUUUCAUAAUGAAUGUUUAAACCAAUGGCUAAACUAUCAAUAAACUUGUCCCAUUUGCAGAGAAAUACUAAUGUGA